AGCCCGGCGGAAAGAUGGCGUUUUUACGCUGUAGAAGAGAUCCCUGUGGUGUUAUCUGCCUGGUUUUAACUUACUUCAGCGUGUUUUACGCAGACUAUGUGGUCAUACAGUAUGUUCUCAUCCCUGCCUAUGCUGAGAGCGUUUGGGGAAUGCUGCAUGGAUCCCUGUUCAACCUGAUCCUGCUGCUGCUGCUGGCCUGCCACUCCAAAGCCGUCUUCUCAGAUCCUGGCAUGGUGCCGCUCCCGGACACGGCCAUGGACUUCUCAGACCUGCGAUCUCAGCCGUCUCGGAUGAACGAGCGGAGCUGUGACGGCUGGACGGUGUGCAGCCGCUGCGAGAUCUACAGACCUCCCAGAGCGCACCACUGCAGGGUCUGCCAGCGGUGCAUCCGCCGCAUGGACCACCACUGUCCCUGGAUCAAUAAUUGUGUCGGGGAGUUGAACCAGAAAUAUUUCAUCCAGUUUCUCUUCUACACCGGCGUCGCCAGCCUGUACUCCAUGGUUCUGGUGGUGUGGGCCUGGAUGUGGCGGAUCCGGAACGAGAGGGAAGGCGACGCCGACAAAGAGGGAGAAGAGUCGCCGAGCAAACAUCUGAUAGUAGCUCAUUACCUCAUCCUGCUGGUGGAGUCGGUGCUGUUCGGGGUGUUCGUCAUGGUCAUCUUCUACGAUCAGCUGAUCUCCAUCAUCACUGAUGAGACGCCCAUCGAGCAGAUGAAGAACCGGCUGAUGAUCAGAGAGCGCAGCUCCUCCUCCUCGCCGUCCUCCGCCGCUCCGCAGCAGCCGCACGCCACCCGCAAGCCCAAGCUGGCUCUGCUGAGGGAGGUCUUCGGUCGAGGUUCGGUUUUCUGCUGGCUGCUGCCGCUCCACUCCAGCCCGCCGUCGGCCGGAGGAAUCAGCUACUCCGCCCUGCCCGACUACGACGUCUGACCUCCGACCUGCGAGCGGAGGAGCGGAUGUUUGUGUGUGAAGGAAUGACUUUACUGCCUAAAAAUGAUGUCUCGUCUUUCAGCUGAGAGGUGAAAAUGAAGAAGGGAUGACUGAGCAGAGCGUGUUUGCAUUCACGUGAUGAACGAGUGGAUGGAUGAAUGGAUGAAUGGAUGAAUGAAUGAAUGAAUGAAUGAAUGAAUGAAUGAUGCACUGAGUUCUAGCGGUUUUACCCUCCAGGACCUGAAGAAGCGGUUCAGCUUCAGACUCAUCAAACACUUUUUGCUGAAAACGGCACUGAGCUUCUUGUGAAGUUUUGCGACCAGCGCGUCCUCAGAUCUUUCUGUGUCUGUUUAUAGCAGCGUUUCCCUGGAAACCGGGAGAGUCGAUCCGUUUUUAAUGACUUUUGUCCUGGUUUCAACGGGAACCAUGCAGAACUCAUGCAGUUUGAACGUCAGGGAUGGACCGAAUGUUUCAAACUUCACUAACAUUUCAGUACAUCACUCUUUAAAAAUCACAAAAUGCAAAAAUUAAUGAUGAAAUACUCAACCAAAACUACUACUUGGUAUUAAAUACUAAUCUUAUUGCACUGCGAAAAACACUUUCCAAUAACAAUAAAUCUGAUCUAAAUACUGAUGAUCCGUAUUCCUGUCGCAAUAAGACAUUUUUCCAGACGAUAAAUUGUGUCAAACGUUCUUACGAUAAACGAUUUUAUUGUUGUUUUGAGACAAUUUUCCAUUAAUAUAUUGGUAAUAAUGCCAUGAUAAUACAAGAACACGUUGGCCGAGAUCAAUAAACUUCAUAUUCAGAUGAACAUUUAACACUGGAAUAGGAAGACAUUUUAAAUAUCCAAAAUAAAUAAACAAACCAACAAAUAAAAUGAUUUCUGAAGUUUCUGUAAACAAAAAUGUUCCUCAAAAAAAGCAACUAGUUGAGAUUAAAAUCCCAGACUGAAGACUUUUAUCAUCCAGUUUUUAGUGGAAAAUCGAUAAACUGUACAAAUGGAUGCAGAGUUAUGGAGUUUGUUUAAAUUUACCAUGUGAUUAAAUGGUUUAUGAUCAUUUUUUGUGAUAAACCUCACAGGUGUUUUUCUGUAUGCUUGCUCUGCAGUCCAACAACAAACCUUUAAACUCCCAAACAAGCCUAAAUAUUUCAGUUUCAUGUUUCAGAUAAUUUCACUACCAGACACUUUAAUACUCAACAGUUUGUGCUAAAUUUGACUUCAGCAUCAAGGCAGAAGAAAACAGUUUUUCUCAAUUAAUUUAAUUCCUUUCUUGUUUGACUUUUUUUUGUUGACACCAUCAGUGAACAAAAACAUUAUGUUUCAUCACCAUGAUUGACUUAUUUGGCCGUUUUAUUGUUUUAAAUUGGUCAGCAGCGCCCCCUGCUGUUUACUACAAGGGUUUUUGGUCCCUAAAGAGAAAUUUUACAAGUUCAGAAACUCAGGAAACUUCUAUAAAUGUGGAUAAAAGAUGAUUUACGUUUGAAUAUACAUGAAAUUAUCAGGUUAAAUUGGGAAUCAUUUUGUAUUUCAGUCGUUUAAUUUUGUAUAAGUAAAUUGAUGAAUCUGUCAAGUCUAGAUGAUUUAAUAAUAUUUUCACGAUAAGUCAAUGUGUAUGUUACAUUUAGGGAUUUACAUUAAUGCUAAGCACAAACGGGUGCGAUUCAACAUCCAUGAAGAGUUUUGUUUUCUACUUUUAUCUUUAUUUUUAUGACUUUCGCUCAAUCAGAAUACACUCACUCUGUGUUUUCUGUUACACAACUGAAGAAACCAUUACUCACAUUAUUUAUAACUCUGAUUGUAAAUGUUUAUUUUUAUGGAAGGGAUGAAGUUGCCUUUCCACACAACAUUUUUUGAAUUUCUGCUUAAUUUAUGAUAAAAGAGUUUAAGGGUUCUGCUCAUUUCAGCCCUUCUCCAAUUUGUACUUUUACUUUUUUUAUUUUACCUGAUUCCCGCAAAAUGUUUCACAGUGUUAAUUUAUAUCCCUAACACUACAACACAAAUAUUUUGUCAACUUCUUUUUUUCAUAUUAGCAUUUUUAAGACAGCAACUUGCAGUUUUAGCUUCAGUUUAGGCUGAACUGAUUCACCCACAUUACCAAGUUAAUAACGAGUGUUUCUGCAGAUUUUAUUAAGAUUUAUUGACUUAAACCAAAUAUUUAGGUGUAGAGAAUGAGAUAGUUUGAGUUUUAAAUGUCAUAAAGAAGCUAAUCAGUGUCUUAGAUCUCAGCUAGCAUUUGUAGCUAGCGCUACAGCUAACUGAUUUACUUAAUGAGCUUUUAAAUGUCCAGUAUUUCAACUGGAUUAGUGCAAAUAAGCAAACCAAAGAUGGAAACCUAACAAAAAAUAGGAUAUUAUGUUUAAACAGGUUUAUUUAAUUCAGAUAAGGACAACAGUCAAGCAAUUUCUGCAACUAGCCUAGCGUAGCUAGCCGUCAGUUAGCUGUUCAGUCAUUUUUCAUUUAGUGAGUAUCUGUUGUUGCUGACCAACAUUUGGGAAGUUUUAACCUGUCAAAGUAUGACAGUGUUUGUAAUCAGAGCACAUGAAGGGUUCCUAAAAACCCCAACAGAUCAUUUUGAAAAUGUUUUAAAGCAAAGGCAGCUUCAUCCCGUUUGUGUUUUUAUAUAAACGUGUUUAUAGUUAUUUUGAAUCGUGUGUCCAGCCUGGGUUCAGACACACAGGUGCUUUAUUGGCUUAUGAAUUAUUCUCACAUAAAGCAUCACAAAAAGAGCUGCUAAAUGAAAAGAUAAAAGGAUUUUUAAAAACGUUUUCAGUGAAUUAUGUUAAUUUUAUCACUGCACCAUUAAUGCGCCACUCGGUGUAAAAAUGUGGCGAAAAUAUUGGAAAGAAAUUAUGAGAAACUUGCAGAGAUUCAAAAUUAUAGCAGGUUAAGUUUUUUUAAAGCAUGUUUCAUGUUGCAUAUUAGUUUCAUUCUGCCAGAGUAAAACCAGAUAUUUGGUUAAAACGAAUCGGAUCACUAAACUGGACCUGAAACAUUUCCUCAGUUUAAGUUGUUCUGAGCAACAAUGAAACAAAACUUA